AGUUAUAAAUGUAACAUUGCUCGUGUAAUUUUAUAAAUAAAACCUGUUGUGAUUGUUUAACGUAAAAAAAUAAACAUUUAACUACGAAAGCAUGGAUAUUGUAAACGAGAUUUUAGAAAAGGAACAGAAGAAAGCUGAGAAGUAUAAACCUAUAACAGUCGAAAAACAUUUAGAGCUAGAAUUUGACGUCGGCACUCUACUGGCGUCGGACACAAAUGAUCUCGACAUAUCAUCAUUAAAGUCAGACAGUCGGCGAGAUGAGUAUUUGAAUUCUCUGGCGCGUGAUAACACACAGUUAUUACUCAACAAGAUAUGGGAACUUCCAACAGAGAGAAUCGAUGAGGCCAUUGUGGUAAAAUUGCCAAAUCCUACAACAGUGCUGCCUCGUUCUAAACCAGUGCCUAAACCAAAACCUUUGACCAAAUGGCAAGAGUUUGCUAAAGCCAAGGGUAUAACUAAGAAUAAGAAAGACAAACUUAAGUGGGAUGAUCAGCUACAGAAAUGGGUACCACUCUAUGGUUUCAGAAAAGCAGCUGCUGAGAAGGAGAAAGACUGGUUGAUUGAAGUUCCUCAGCACGUUGAUCCGAUGACAGACAUGUAUGAAAAGAAAGCAAGUGAGAAAUCAGAGAAGGUGGCCAAAAAUGAAUUGCAAAGACUUAAGAAUAUUGCCCGGGCAAAGAAAGUCAAUAUUCCUAGGGUCGGAUUACCUGUUACGUCUGAUAAAGCUAAUGCUACACAGUUAUCAACUGCAGCAGUUGUAGCUAAGGCUUCAACGGCAUCACUUGGUAAAUUCCAAGACAAGUUGCCAAAAGAAAAAGAGGCCAGAGGCAAAGGUGUACAUGAAUUGAUUCCCGGCAAGGAUAGGAAACGUAAAGCACCAAUACCAACCCCUCAAGUUGAGAAACAAAAUAACCUUAAUCUCAUAGACAAGAUUCUAAAUAAGAGACCUAAGAUUGAUAUGGAGAAAGCAGUUUCAAAACACAUAAAUGAACAACAGAUACAGAGAUCUGAGGAAAAGAAAAAUAUGAAUCCAGCUAAAGGUAAACGUAAAGGGAAGGGUGGCAAUGCCACUAACUUCUCAAACAAGAAACCUAAAGCUGGCAAAGGUCAACGGAAUCCAAGCAAAAAGAACCCUGGUCGGAAACGAAGAUAGUUUCUUUAAUUAUAGAUACAUAUUAAGUGUUGUAUUAAUUUGAGGAUAAACCAAGCUAUAAUUAUUUGUCAUUUAGUGUUGUGUUAAAUGCUCUUACAUGUGUAUUUAAAUAUGAAUAAUAAAGGUUAUAUACUGCAAGUA